AUGCUGCUCUGGACGGUUGUGCUGUUCUUCGUUCCCUGUUUGGGGAAAACAGUCUGGCUGAACCUCCGAGCCUGGCCAGACCCCGUGUUUGAAGGAGACACCCUGACUCUGCAAUGCCAGGGAAGGAGGAAUGCAGCCGUGUCCCGGGUGACAUUCUACAAAGAUGGGAAAUCCCUCCAGUUCUCUAAGGACAGCCAGACUCUGUCCGUGGGGCCAGCAACAGUGAAAAACAGUGGCCGGUACUGGUGCAGUGGGCAGGUGACUUACGGUCCAUUCACGGACAUGCAAAUCUCAAGGAUUACCAUGGUUCAAGUCCAAGAGCUGUUCCUGCCUCCUGUGCUGAGCACUGUCCACUCUUCUGAGCCCCGUGAGGGGAGCCCGGUGACCCUGAGAUGUGAGACAAUGCUGCACCCACAGAGGUCAGCCUUGCGGCUCCUCUUCUCCUUCUACAAGGAGGGCCACGUCUUGCAGGACAGGGGCCUCCACCCAGAACUGUGCAUCCCAGGAGCCCAGGAUGGAGACUCUGGGCUUUACUGGUGCAAGGCUGCCCCUGAGGGAGGCCGAGUUCAGAAACAGAGCCCCCAGCUGGAGAUCAGGGUGCAGGCUCCUGUGUCCCGUCCUCUGCUCACGCUGAGACCCAGGCCCUCUGGCCUCGCAGUGGGGGACAUAGUGGAGCUUCUCUGUGAGGUCCAGAGGGGCUCCCCCCCGAUCCUGUACUCAUUCUACCUCGACGGGAAGAUCCUGGGGAAUCACUCAGCCCCCCAUGGUGGAGCUGUCUCCUUCCUCUUCCCAGUGAUGUCAAAGCAGCAUGCUGGGAACUACUCCUGCCAGGCUGAGAACAGUGUUUCCAAAGAGUCAAGUGGGCCUGAGACACUCUCCCUGGAUGGUCCUCUGGUCUUGUCCACCCCCACCAGCAGCAACUGGCUGGUUCCUUGGCUACCUGCAAGCCUGCUGGGUGUGAUGGUCAUUGCUGCUGCACUUCUGGGUUAUUUCAGACCCUGGAGAAAAAACGGGCCCCUUCCACCCCAGAAUCUGCCCCCAGCUCCAAGUGGAGAGCAGCACUCACUGUGUGCCAAAGUUCAUUAUCAGAAUAAGAAAGAAGAAGGUGUCAUCUACUCUGCAGUGCGUACAACCUCAAAUAGUGAAGCCAGGCCUGCUGAGUCAACCUCAAGGGAAAAGGACAAUUCUGUCAUCUACACUGAGGUGAGAUGCCCACAGCUUGGUGAGGUUCCAGCCAAGCGGCUGAAUAUGAGAAGCAGGACCCACAGAGAUCCCCUUGGUGACCGUGAUGAGGUCCUCUACUGGUGACGGUACCCCUCAACAUGCACAUCCAUCCACAGCCUCCAGUGUUCCUCAGCAGGCCAGCAGUGCCCCAGCCUCUUUUGUGGGUCUCCCAGUCAGGGAGCCCCUAAGCCCUUUGUCCUGGUGAGGGUCCUGAGGAGACUCAAGGAGCACAUGAAUGAACUCUGGGUCUCCCUCUUAGCAGAAGCCCAGGCAGUGUGUGGGAAGGGAGAUCCCACUCACACAAUAGGUUCCAACAGUGAACUGAACUUGGAAGCAACAGAUAUUUUCUUUCCACGUGAAUGGAGGGGUCAGAGUCCCUUCUCUCUAUAUAUAUAAGUGCUUUCUGUUAUGGUCCUCAGUCCCUUUGGAUGUGCUUGGCUUGACCCUGAAAGGGGAGAACGUCAAUCUGCAUAUCCCAGAGGGCUGGCCCUGGGUAGCUCCUAUAAAGAAUUUCCAACUUUCAACUUCCAACUUCCAACUUUUUUUUGUUGCUGAGGCCCAUGAGUGACCACAGGGCUGAGGGGACUCUCAGAGGUUCAGUGAUACCGAGGAUCAGUGGGGAAAGGGCCUGGCCCAGACAAUAUCAGAGAAUUCUUGACACUGAAGCCAGAGCCCCACUGGCUCCGAGAACUCUGCUUCACGUGCAGCUCCAUUUUGGUUCAAACCCUUCCAGGUUACCAAAGUUUAUGGAAUUGAGGCUCGCCCAAAGCCCCCAUGUGUGGAGUACACAAGAAAACCCACUUACCCCUUGCA